UUAUCUUCCCCUUCAAUGUGCGCAAAUUUGUUCCAGGCAGACGGUGGGGAUUUUAUAACUGUCGCAUGAGCUCUCUGUAAUUGGAGUAGCUAGUUGGUGUGCGUUUGUGUAAUCUAAUUUAUCUAGUUUCUCAGACUGUACAUUCAACAUGGGGACAGAGCAUGUGGGGAAUGAUGUCGUUUCUAAAGAGAACUUCCAGCCAUGUGCCGAAGACAUACAGAGGUGGAUGGCUAAUGCCUUUGACAUGGCAAAAGAAGCUUUGGAGAAUGGCGAGGUGCCUGUUGGAUGUCUCAUGGUCUACAACAAUGAGAUUCUUGGAAAGGGGAGAAAUGAAGUGAAUGAAACAAAAAAUGCCACUCGCCAUGCUGAGAUGGUGGCUCUGGACCAGGUGCUGGAGUGGUGUCGUCAUAGAGACCUGGACCCCAGGACAGUGUGUGAGAGGACUGUGCUCUACGUGACUGUGGAGCCUUGCAUCAUGUGUGCAGGAGCUCUUCGCCUGACCAACAUUCCUCUAGUGGUCUAUGGGUGUAAUAAUGACAGGUUUGGUGGCUGUGGAUCUGUUCUAGACAUCCCCUCGGCUGAUCUACCUCACACUGGCUCAUCAUUUAAGUGUAUCUCUGGCUUCAGAGCAGAGGAAGCAGUGGAGAUGCUGAAGGCUUUUUAUAAACAGGAGAACCCUAAUGCUCCCAAGCCGAGGACGAGGAAGGAGUGAUAUUUUGUUGGUGUCCAGCAGGGGGCUCUAGACUUUAAGGAAUGAGAAUGUGAUCCCACUCCGAGCACCCUGGGUCUAGGAUGAGCUGAGCUUAAGGCAGGUACCGGGGGCCCCUCAGCAACCUCUAAAGGAGCUCUCUCUCUCUCUCUGGCGUCAGUCAUCAACUGCCGUCAUGGAUCUGAAAUCAGUGUUGAGGUCAUUUCCCGAGGCCAAUUCCCACUCCAAUGUAUCAUGUCUGUGAUAGUUUCUGGGUUUGUUAUGCAUGUCUUGGAUUGUUAAGUACUGGCGUCGUCAUGUACAAUAGGAUGGUGGGGUUCUCUACUUUGAAAAUGUUGAUACUAAGUGGCAUAGCUGCUUUGUGAUUUAUUUAUUUUCUGCUGAAGAACAAAUACGUAUUCACAGCAUUAGUCUCAGCGGGAGAAGGACCACUGAAUAGUAUAAUAGACUGGGAGCGCCCAUGCAGACAGUCCUGUCUCUCCUACUGAAUGACUAGGCCAGAUUUCACUGCAGAGGGACUAUAUUUCAAUGUGGGACCAACUUAUUUCAGAUCAGAAAGGAGACAAAUGUCCGUUCCAUCGACUCACGCAGUUAUUUUGAUCUCAGUCUCAGUAACCACCAACACUCACACCAGCACUGCAGUUUGGUGUGUGACAAACGGAAUGUGUUUGUAGCAUAGAGCACAGCUGUGAGGGGUAAUAGUCAGUCUGAAGCGCCUCCCCUUCACUUGCAGCAGGCAGGCAGGCAGCAUCCCUCAGCCUUAAACCCUUAGUGGUCUCUUCCCUGGACAGGAUCAGGAACAGAGGAAGUAACCACCCAGUCAGCAUCAGACAGUUCCGGUUGUACCAGCUCCAAGUGACUGCUCCACACUGACCUGCUGUAGCUUUCACUAUGGUUUAAAACUCUCUCUUGUAAAUCGAAUAAAACUGUUUUGAAAUGCACAAAAUGUUCUCUUUAUUUAGUUCAACUACCGUAUGUAGUUUAUUCACCAAUGUAUAUGUAAAUGUUGUGGAUAAACACUUUGUGAAGGUGACAAUGUAAGUUUGAAGAACUGCGAACCUCUAGCUAGUGAUCACCAUUGCUACAUCUACAGGAAAUUUGACCAUUUAUUUCAGAUUUUCAGUAACUGACUGGUGUUUGAGAGUUUUCUACAAUAAGAGAACAGUGAUUAUCA